AUGACCGGUCAAAAAGGCGAAGAUAUCCUAGUUACUACCGUGCAGGCUGUGGCGACGGAAGAGGCUGAACCGUGGGUAGCAGACACAGUUGAGAGAAUCACUCUCAGGACCAGUCUGAAAAUCAUAUUUUGGAAUUUGGACAUUCAUUCUUACAUCGUCGACCUGAUGGCAUCUCACGAGGGCAAAAUAUACGCUAUCACCGGCGGCGCAUCCGGCAUAGGCCUGGAGACAGCCAAAUUGCUGCUACAGCGCGGAGCUUCUGUAUCAAUCUGCGACAUCCAAGAAUCUGCCCUAGAGCAUUUUGCAGCACAAUUAAAUGCCCCCGAAGAGUGCUGGUUUGCGCAAGAAGUGGACGUCCGGAAGCGCCAGGAUGUCGAGACGUGGAUUGGCCACACGAUCAACAAAUUCGGUCGACUCGAUGGCGCUGCAAACCCCGCCGGAGUGAUUCCACGAUCUCACAAUAUCGCCUACAUGGUGGACCAAGACGACUCGGAAUGGGAUUUUGUCUUCGAUAAGGGUGGGAGUGUCGUUAACGCUGGGAGCGGCCUCAGUUUAAAAGGGCGUGGUCAAGCAGCGGCAUAUGCGGCCUCUAAACACGCGGUUGUUGGCUUGACGAGCUCUGCGGCGAAGGAAGUGGGCGAGAAAGGCAUUCGGAUCAAUCGUGUGGCUCCGGGAUAUAUUCUCACUCCGAUGAUGACCAGAGCUCAAGCGAACCAAAGUGGUCCGCCUCGAGAGGACCCAUCUGGUACUGCGCUCAAUCGAUUCGGCGAGGCAAUGGAAGUCGCUCAACUGAAUGCUUUCCUACUUAGUGACGAAGCCAGUUUCACCACUGGGGCGACCUUGUGCGUUGAUGGUGGGUGGAAUUGUUGA